GCAAUGAGUUUAAUUAAAGGACUGGUUUCCACUUUAUACUGCCUUCCAAAGGUUUAUAAAUGGUUUUAUCGGCCCUAUUAUCUGCUGUCACUGCUGAUGACCGUAGCGUUUCCCUUCGUCCGCUGCUGUCCGGGACUCUGCGAGCAUUUACCGUCCCAGAGAGAGGACAGCAACUCCUGCGCCUUCGACUGGAGGGAGGUGGAGAUUUUAAUGUUUCUCAGCGCUAUUGUCAUGAUGAAGAACCGAAGAGCCAUAACACUGGAGCAGCACAUAGGGAAUAUAUUUCUCUUCAGUAAGGUGGCGAACGUGGUGCUGUUUUUCCGAGUGGACCUGAGACUUGGCCUUCUCUACCUCACGCUGUGUGUGGUGUUCCUUAUCACAUGUAAACCACCGAUCUACAUGGGCCCUGAGUUCAUCAAAUAUUUCAGUGACUCCACUUUAGAUGAAGAGCUGCAGAGGGACGGUCGUGUGACGUGGAUCGUUGAGUUUUAUGCCAACUGGUCUCCAGAGUGUCAGACAUUUGCCCCCAUUUUCGCUGACCUGUCACUCAAGUAUGACUGCUUAGGUCUCAAAUUUGGAAAAGUGGACAUUGGGCAAUAUGCAGCAGCUGCUGAGAGGUUUAAGGUGAACCCCUCGCCGCUCUGCAAGCAGCUUCCUUCUCUGUUGCUCCUUCAAGGAGGUCGAGAACUUGUGCGGCGUCCUCUAGUGGACACGAAGGGAAGAGCCAUUGGGUGGAGUUUCACCGAGGAAAACAUCAUUCGGGAUUUCAACCUAAAUGAGAUAUUCCAGAGAUGUAAGAAAUUGAGCAAAGGAGAGAAGCCCGAGGAGCUGAAGACACUCCUGCAGGAGGCUCCUGAAGAAGAGGAGCCACAUGAUGAAGAGGAGGAAGAUGAUGAGGAGGAACCAGAGAGCAAGAAAGACAAAUAAGACACAGAACAGAAAGGGAUGCAGCAUUUAUGAUGAUCCUGAACCCACACACACUGAACAGAUGGAUUGAAAAGUGCAUCACAUCAUCUUGUGACCGGUGUUGCAUUUGCUCUUGAGGUUCAAAUCGGAGUCAUUUGUGUUAGUUAAUAAAAUGAUACAUUCUUAAAAAAGUA